GCCGUAUAAAGCGGAGGGGCCAAAAAAGCCUCCAGUGAGACGAGUGAACUGCUGGAAGCGAGGAAGAUGGACCCGUCCAUCGCUAGCUUGCCUUAUUUCCUGCCAUGGACAGCGCUGAAAGUUGUGGCGACCUUAAGUGCGACAUUGCUAGGUAUUGUGGCCGUUCUGGUUGUUUUCAUCUACUACCGGUGGAGACGCACACAUGUGCACUUGAAGCACCUUCCGGGCAUCGAAGACGACUGGCCCUUCAUACGGAAUAUUAUCACCCACUGGCACAUGAAGAGCAGGGAGAAAGAGCACGAUUUGGAUUACAAUGUCCUCUUCUUCGAGUACUUGAAUGCGGGCUCUCAAAGGAUGAAGCACCUGCCCUACUUCCGUGCCUACAUGGGAGACGUCCCCUAUCUGGUCAUCCACAAGGCGGACGCUGCUGAAGCAAUUUUCGGCAGCCCUACCAUGCUGCAGAAAUCUAUCGAGUACACAUGGCUGCACCCAUGGUUGGGAACAGGCCUCUUGACAAGCACGGGCGCCAAGUGGAAGACGCGCAGGCGAAUGCUGACGCCCGCGUUCCACUUCCGCAUCCUGGAAGACUUCCUGCCCGUCAUGAACGAACACUCGGUGGUGUUCAAGGACUUGCUCAAACAGCACGUGGGAAGACCUGAUGGUGUGGACGUCGUGCCCUCGGUUGCACGCUGCACCUUGGACGUCAUAUGCGAAACCGCCAUGGGCACAUGUGUCAAGGCCCAGCAAUGUUCCGACUCAAAGUACGUCCGGGCUGUGUUGCGGCUGGGUGAGCUUUGGUUCUCACGCGCCACAAAGCCCUGGACUUGGAAUGACUUCACCUACAGAUUCACUGCCGAUUCUGUGGAGUUUGAUAAUUGCGUGAAUACUGUGCACACGUUCACGAGAAAGGUCAUCAAGGACCGGAAGAAAAUGCUCCUGGAGCUCCAGGCAGCGUCCGAGCAGAUCGAUGGUGCAGGCGAGGACGAGUACCUGAACCUUAGUGGUUGUAGAAGGGCCUUCCUGGAUCUGCUGCUAUCGCAGCAUUUCAAGGACCCGUCGUUCACAGAGGAGGACAUACGAGAGGAAGUCGACACAUUUACGUUUGAGGGUCACGAUACGACAGCUGUUGGAAUCAGCUGGACCCUGUACCUGCUGGGUCUGCAUCAGGACGUGCAACAGAAGGUGUACGAGGAGCUGGAGGAUAUAUUUGGCGAUGACAGGGACCGAGACGCCACCAUGGAAGACAUCAGGCGAAUGAAGUAUCUGGAAUGCGCCAUCAAGGAGGCACAAAGGCUGUUUCCAUCAGUGCCACUCGUUGGGCGUCUUCUACAAGAAGACUGGACGUACGAUGGCUACAUUAUACCGAAAGGAACAGUGUGCACAGUCUUCAUCUACGUCCUGCACCGUGACCCCAAGGAAUUCCCGAAACCGGAGGAGUACAUACCGGAGCGAUUCCUACCGGAAAACUGCGUCGGCCGGCAUCCGUUCGCCUACGUGCCUUUUUCUGCCGGCUACAGGAAUUGCAUCGGCCAGAAAUUCGCUUCGAUGGAGAUGAAGACACUUGUGUCCCGCGUGCUGAGGAACUACAAGCUGGAAUCGAUGUACCACAGGGAUAAGGUGCAAGCUGUGGCAGAGCUUGUGCUUCGCGCUCGCAACGGUCUGCGGAUACGCCUCAUUCCACGAGAGAACAAGGAAGCGUUUCCCGCUCUAGACGGCGUGAACAGUUGGGACCAAAACGCCGCUGAUCGCGAGCGCCAGCCGCGUGGUGCCAUGGAGCCCGUACCACCGUUGUACAAGCCCCUGCUGCACGGCAGAAUUGUUUCAGCCUGCGUAUCCGUAGCGGUGAUUGCGGUGCUCUUCUACUGCGCACGCAUGCUGACCCGCACGAUUCGUGCCUACGCUUGCCUAUGGAACAUUCCGCAUCCGGACGAGCGCUUUCCUUUCUGCUUGCUCCUGGAUCUGUGGCAACGCGUCGCCUCGAUGGACUCGUCGCUGGAAGUACCAGCCAGGAUAUUCAACUAUUUGGAUUCCGUGUUUUAUCAAAUCCAUGACCAGGACGUUACGGUUGCCUUCUAUGGCCCCAAGCCAUUUCUAAUCGCCGUGACACCCGACACUGUUGAGCGGGUGCUGUCAAACACAGAGAAUGUAAACAAGUCAUUCCUGUACGCCAUGUUAAAAAGCUGGGUAGGCAAUGGCCUGUUGACAAGCGAGAAGGCGAUAUGGAAGACACGCAGGAAGGUGCUCACACCGGCGUUCCACUUUCGCAUCCUCGACGAGUACGUGCCCAUUAUGAACCGAAGGGCGGCCCUGCUGUGCGACAAGCUGGCCGCGCUAGGAAGGGACCACUUCGACGUGCUACCGGUGAUGAGGAUUGCGACAUUCGGCAUUCUUUUCGAGACUGCUAUGGGAAUAAAGCUUGACGAAGAGGAUGUCAAGAAAACUGGAUUCCUGAAAGUGAACGACGAAAUUGCUACGGCUAUCGUUACGAGGAUGAUGAAUAUACACCACUGGCCAGAAUUCAUUUACAAGCGCACCGAAGUUGGCAGAAAGUUUUAUGAGAAAGUGGAGCUGAUAAAGAAAUACACUCGAGAUAUCCUCAGCUGCCGCAAGAAGACCUACAAUAUUGAAGGCAACGAGGCUGUGCCGAAGAAGAGCUUCAUGGACAUCCUUCUUCGCAUGCACAUGGAGGAGGGAAUCUUCACGGAAGAGGAAAUAAGAGAGGAGGUCAACACAUUCAUGAUUGGGGGAUUCGACACAACUGCAACGGCAGCUUCUUUCGCUAUGCACCUACUGGGAAACCACCCGGAGGCUCAGGCGAAAGUUCACGAAGAACUAGACGCCGUGUUUGGCUCUGACCGAGAACGACCUGUAACCAGAGAGGACAUUGCGCAGCUCAAGUACUUGGACUGCGUCAUAAAGGAAACCCUUCGGCUUUACCCACCGAUUCCGGCUAUUGCAAGGAAGCUCGGAGAAGACCUCAUUCUUGGAAAGCAUACAAUACCGAAGGGAACCGUCACAAUCAUCUUCAUAUACUUCAUGCAUAGGCACCCACGGUUUGUACCCAAACCGGACGACUUUAUACCAGAGAGGUUCCUAGAGUUCGACAAGGAACGCCACCCGUUUCUCUACAUCCCUUUCGCCGGCGGCGCUCGCAACUGCAUAGGGCAAAAAUUUGCUCAGCUGGAGGACAAGAUUCUUUUGGCUCAGAUCCUGAGACGGUUCAAGGUGGAAUCCAAGACCCGUAGCGAAGACCUGCAGAUGUCGCUAGAGCUCGUCUUGCGUCCCACACAAGGCCUGCACAUAAAGCUGACGCCAAGGAAUCACGCGGUCACGUAAACCGGAAGGCAGCCGUUGUGGUGCUGCACUCAAUUUAUAACCUCACGCAUGGUCAAUGUCACUAUAACUGCAUCUUGCAGGAGCGCAGCAGCAGCAUCGAUCUUUCUACACCGCGCAAGUGGAUUGUGCGGACAGAAAUCUCUUACGCGUGCUGCUGGCAAUUGUAUAUAUGUACAGUACGCCAAAUAACUUUAUUGAAUAAAGUUCCUCUAACUAAUA